AUGGAGCAGGUGCUGAUAGAGGAACACGCCCUGGAGCAGCAGAAAGCUCUCGCCUCUGGUCCCUCAGAGGACACUGCCUUUGACCAGCGUGCUCGUCGGAAGCUUCUCAAAGCUGAGCUUCCCGAGUAUGUCCUGGACUUUGGCUACGUCAUUCUCGGGAACAUCCACACACACAUCAUGAAGAUCACCAACACCAGGCAGUUCCCUGUGUCCUUUCACACUGACGGACGUGUCCUGUGUGACACAGGUUUCAGCGUGGACCUGGACCAUGUGAAGCACCUGCCCUGCUGCAAGACCAAGACAUUCGAAGUGCGCUUCGACCCACCAAGUGCCAACCUGCCACUGGGAGCGGUGGACGUGCUCCUGCCCAUCAAGGCAGCCAGAGGCCCCACGUUUCAUGUCCGCCUCCGUGCCAACGUGACUGUGCCGUCCCUCUGCCUCUCCAGGGACAGACCGGAGUUCACUGUCCAGUGUGGGCAGUGCCAGGAAGAAACCAUGCAGCUCCACAAUCACCUCCAGGUCCCCUGUAAAUGGUUCAUCACCAUGAAUGAGCCUGUUAAGAAGGUGGACAAACCUUUGCCAGUGAGGGUGCAUCAGAAGCUGCUGCAGGAGUUGAAGGCCAAGCCCUGUGUCUUCAAGGGGCUGCCUUCGGCUGGAGCCCUGGCCCCAGGACAGCGCUGCAACGUGCGAGUCAGGCUUUCCCUGCCAGAAGAGAAGUCCUACAGAAGCAAGCUGAAGGUUAACAUUUGCCAGAGCAGCCAGCCCCUCCAGCUGCAGGUCUCGGGGCAGGGGCUGGAGCCACAGCUGGAGUUGAGCCCCGCAGUGCUCGAGCUGGGAGCGGUGCUGCCGUACAGCCGUGGGGCGGAGGGGACGGUGGUGGUGAAGAACCCAUGCGAGUUCCCCAUCGAGUUUUACUUGCUGGAGUUCGACCAGCAGUACCUUGCUGAGGAGCAGAUCCUGCGGAUGCUCAAGGACUAUGAUUGCCACAACGCCUUCUUGCUGCCUCCGCAUGCCCCGGGUGAGAAGCUGCCCCCAGAGGUGCUGGAGUACUAUCAGGACCAGAAAAGACUGCAGGAUGAGCAGGCAAAGCACAAGACUGGGGAACCAGCAGGCCAGGACAACGCAAACUUUGAAGAUGUCCAGUCUGUGUCAGAUCAAGGAGGAAAGCACUCUGCUGGGAUUGUUCACACCAUCUCAUCCCAUAACUCAGUCAUUCCCUCCUCCAUUUUUGAGGAAAGCCAGUCCAGCAAGGUGGACUCUGAAGUUGAAUGUGGAGAGGAGGAGGAGGAGGAGGAAGGUGCUGAAGAAAGAUGUGGAACAGGUAAUAACGCAAAGCCCUUCACCUAUUUUAUGAGGGACAGCAAGACCCUGGUGCUGCAAAAUAGCGCCCCACUGCCCGUGGCCUGGCGGGUCAGUGGGCUGGAAAACCUCGGCGAGGACUUCUCCGCGUCACAAGAUGAGGGAAUCGUUGCUCCCCACACGGAGUUUGGUGUGCAUCUCUAUUUCAAGGCCACGAAGGCUCUAAGCAUUAAGAAGAUGAUCCGACUAGAGGUUUCAGGUGCAGAAAACAUGCUGGGGAUCGUUCAGAUUGAAAAUAUCCAAAUCCUUGCGGAGGUCUAUGGUGUUGCUCUGAGCAUCAGCAUGUCUAAAGGUGCGGGUGGCAGCGUGGAUUUUGGGAUGCUUAAGGUCCUGGAUGAUGCAAAGCAAGUGCUGACUCUGAAGAACCAAGGGAAGUACGAGAUUGCGUGCAGUUUCAAGCUGGAAACCGUGGAUACCGACAUACGCGACUUGGCAUCCCACUUCAGUCUCCAGCCGCAGAAGGGCAUGCUGACUGCCUCCGGGCACCCCGUGCAGGUCCGGCUGCUCUUCCACCCCAAGAUGGAAAUGAACAUUGAGGACAAACCCAUCCUGCAGUGCCAGGUGAUUGAGCCCAGCAUCUGUGAAGGAGGUGAGACCAUUGCCAUCGUCCCAGUAAGGGUGACAGCGAAAGCCCCGUUCAGCAAGUCCAGCACUUACCCUGCCUCGCUCAUCAACUUCAGUGCCAUGAUGAACGGCAAGAGGAAAACCUGCACCUUCUAUCGCAAGCCGAGUCCUAAAGCCCGGGGUUAA